GAAAUAGGAAAUCUGAAAAGCUUGCUUUGUUUGGAUGUGUCGGAGAACAAGCUGGAAAGACUACCAGAGGAGAUCAGCGGUUUGACUUCAUUAACAGAUCUGCUUGUGUCACAGAACUUAAUUGAGGUUUUACCUGAUGGCAUUGGGAAACUUAAAAGGUUGUCAAUACUUAAAGUGGACCAGAAUCGUCUCAUGCAACUGACUGAAUGCAUUGGAGAAUGUGAAAGCCUCACUGAACUAGUGCUGACGGAGAAUCAGCUUUUGAUUCUGCCAAGAAGUAUUGGGAAAUUGAAGAAGCUGAACAACUUGAAUGUUGAUAGGAAUAAAUUAAUGUCUUUGCCAAAAGAGAUUGGUGGUUGUAGCAGUCUUAAUGUAUUUUGUAUGCGUGAAAACCGACUGACACGUAUUCCUGCAGAAAUUGCACAAGCUACUGAACUCCAUGUCUUGGAUGUUGCUGGAAACAGGUUAUCCCAUUUACCUUUAUCAUUGACUUCACUGAAAUUGAAGGCAUUAUGGUUAUCAGAUAACCAGUCCCAGCCUCUGCUGACUUUCCAGACAGAUGUUGAUCUUGAGACUGGGGAAAAGGUUUUAACAUGUGUACUACUACCACAGAUGCCUUCUGAAACUAGUGGCCAAGAUUACUUACCACGGUGCGGGGCUAUUGAAAGUUUGGUGAAUGAUAUGUCUGAUGAAACCUGGAAUGAAAGAGCAAUGAAUAGAAUAAGUGCCAUACGAUUUUUAGAUGAUGAAAAAGAAGAUGAGGAAGAUGAAACGGCAACACUGCUAAGACGAGCUACGCCGCACCCUGGGGAAUUAAAGUCAAUGAAAAAGACUGUGGAGAACUUGCGUACCACUUUGAAUGCUGCUAAAGGACUGGACUCUAACAAAAAUGAGGUCAAUAACUCCAUUGACAGAUUGACCACGUCUGUGUAG